GUGUAGGGAGUGAACAGAGACACAGCACAGGACUCACUGCAUUUUACUGGGAGCAGCUGAAGAAUGCACGUUGCUCUCUCUCUCUCUGUCCCUCUCUUUCUCUCUCUGUCUCUGUGUCUCUCUCUCUGUGUGUCUCACACUUUCCUGUCAGACUCUUGGACUCUACACACAAACACACACACACCCACACACACUCUAAGCGAACAUGCCUGUAGUCGGUGUAGCAUCUAAACUGCGGCAGCCAGCUGUCGCUUCCCGACCAGUUCACACUGCUUUACCUAUUCCUAACAAAGGUCAAAGGUCAGAGGUCAACACUUCGGAGUCUACACACAUGACCUAUCAGCUGUCAGUCAAAUCGGAGUUACAGGACAGAACCAGUCAAGACGAGGAGAAGAGAAUCUGUAAGAUUUACACUGACUGGGCAAAUCACUAUCUGAGUAAAGCAGGGUGUCCUCGACUGAUAAAGGAUCUAACACAAGACAUUCCUGAUGGAGUUCUGCUAGCACACAUCAUACAGAUCAUCGCAAAUGAAAAGGUAGAGGACAUUACAGACUGCCCCCGGAGUCACUCUCAAAUGAUUGAGAAUGUGGAGUCUUGUUUAACAUUUCUGGAAGCCAGAGGAGUUGGUGUACAGGGCCUGAGCGCUGAAGAUGUGUGUAAAGGGAAUCUGAAGGUGAUCCUGGGUCUCUUCUUUGUUUUGUCACGUUAUAAGCAGCAGCAGCAGCAACAGCAGCAGUACCUCCAGUCUCUAGUGGAGCUUCAGCAGCACGUCACACACACACACUCACCUAAAACACAGCAGCGAACUCCAGACAUGCAGUCCAGUGUGACAGUGAGAUACGCGACUCCACCUGCUCAGAGUGGAGUAGGACCUGUGCAGAAGAAAAACACAAGGUUGCCAGGUCCAUCCCGAUCCCCAGUGGUGGGUAACAAUAAAGCUCCACCUUCAGCCAGUUUGAAUCGCAGGAGUCAGAGCUUCAACAGCAUCGACCGCAACAAACCACUGCAGUACGCCAGUGGGAAUGACCGAGAUUCUGUGAAGUCCAUCCCCCUGAUUGGUGGGAUAAAUGGCAGUGUUGGUGGUCAGCAAUUAGCAUCGGCCAUUCCCUCCCCAACGCCGGGCCAAUCAUGGCGCAGCAAGUCCAUGAACAUGAAGCACAGUGCAACAUCCUCCAUGUUAGCCAGUAGCCCCACCUCCUCCCCUCCCCCUGCCACUUCAGACAGGUCACGCCCAUCACUCGCAGAUGGUUCUAAGUCAGCACCAGGGAACCAGCGCUCAAUGCUGGAAAAGUUCCGACUGGUCAACACACGGAUGGCUCUUCAGGAGGAGGACGACCUGUCGGAGUACGGGGACGACGGCGGGACGUGUCCCAAACCACAGGGCAAGAUGCCUACACUGUCCCCUUCUCCCCCAAACAAGAGCACAGCUAAUGCUAACACCACUACGACUACUGCUGCUAACAACAGUAAGAACGCUAUCAAAUCCUUGCCUCAGCCCAAAGAUGACAAGAGUAAUAAGAAAAGCAAAGCUAGCACACCCCCUAAAGAGGAAGUGACCUCAGAUCCAGGUAAGAAGGGCUCCAAAAUCGCUAGCCUCAUCCCUAAAGGAGGAAAAACAACUGCAGCGAAGAAAGAGAGUGCACUUCCUGCUUCCAGUGGCAUUCCAAAACCCGGAGUGAAGACUCAAGUGGCUUCAACCAAACCUGCACCCGAAAAGAUGAAAAGCUCCAAAGGGGGUCAGGGGUACUACGCAGGGCGCCCUCUAGGAGGAGUGGAGGGCAAGAAGGGUAGCAUGGUGUCCUCCACUAGCACCUCCGCUCUAGCCGGGUCCAUGGUUACUAACUCUGGAAGUACAGGGAGCGGAGUUGUAGUGAGCAACGGGGCGGUGCAGUUACCACAGCAACAGCAACACAACCACCCCAACACAGCAAUGGUCCCACCUUUCAUGUACAGGACGUGUUCGGAGAAUGACUGCACUUCAGUGGUUGUUCCUGAUUCUUCUCUUAGUCCUACUAAAGAACUCGCCUACAACAAAACAGCUAAACAGUGCCUAGAGGAGAUCUCAGGUGAAGACCCUGAGGCGAGACGCAUGCGGACGGUGAAGAACAUUGCUGAUCUGAGACAGAACCUGGAAGAGACCAUGUCUAGUUUACGGGGGACGCAGAUCACACACAGCACUUUAGAGACAACCUUUGACACUACAGUAACAACAGAAGUCAGUGGGCGUGGCUUGUCCACUCUUUCCACUCGGCCCGCUCCCAUGUCAUGGCGUCUUGGCCAAGCACAAUCACAGAGCCCUCGACUGCAGGCAGGUGAUGCUCCGUCCCAUCCUGGCAGUUAUACUCCUCCUAGGUCUGUCUCUUCAGCUACCGGUCGCUAUGGUGAUUCAUCGCGCCUGGUCUACACAGCACCAUUGAGGAGGGCAGCGACUACAGUGAGCAAAAGUGUGGAGCUUGGAGAAAAGGAGGUGGGGCUUGAGGUGGAAGUGGGUGGAUAUAUGAGUGAUGGGGACAUACUAGCUAAAAAUGUUCGAGCUGAUGACGUGAGCAGUGGUUAUGUAACAGAUGGAGCUGUGUAUUCUCGUAAUGUGGGUCGUGUUCCUGACCUUCCAUCUGCACGAGAGCUCAUACAACGGGUUAAAGAGGGAGAGGCUGACAGUUAUGAUGACAGUAGCUCUGUCAGCAGUGGUCUGAGUGACUCUCUUGAUGUUGGAGGUGAUGAUGUUCACACACUGAAUUCAUCACACAGGAGCAAGUCCAAGCAGCAGUGUAAUCAAAAUAGCAGUGGCUGGUGUGGAGCUGAAGAUUUGAAGAAGGUUGAUGAACAAAUUGAGAACAUCUUAGAUUCCUCCUCCUAUCAGAUGGAAGAGGCGGGGCAGACAGGCUCAUGGAGGCGGGGCAUGAGCGCCCAAACGGGUAUCACCUCACCCCGGAAUAAAAACAGCAACACAAACCUUAAAACACCAGGUAAAACAGAUGAUGCUAAGGCCUCAGAAAAAGUCAAGACUCCCUGUAAAUCUCCCAGCAUGCAACGCUCUCCAUCGGAUGUGGGCAAAACCAGUGGCGAUGAGGGUAAAAAGUCUGGCAUCAACCGUCCCCCACCCACCACUGGCUCCUUUGGAUUUAAAAAGAUCCCAGGUGCGACAGAGCUAGCAGCACCCAAGACUUUAUCAGCCAAAUCCGCUGGUAAAGUGGGUGGGACCACAUGUGUGGUGGGUGGGGCCAGGAAAACAAGCCUGGAUGGAUAUCGGCACCAUGACGAUGGGGUCCUUCUGGGCCUUGGUGGGUCAAAAAUGCCCCUUCAGUAUCGCUCACUUCCACGACCAGCUAAAUCGUACCGAUCCAUGGACUCUUCCUCAGUGAAGGGGGGCGGGGUCGUUGCUGGGGUUGUGGCUGGGGUUGUGGCGGGUGGUGUGGCUGGACCUGGACCUGGACCCGGUGCAGGAGCUGGAACUGGAUCAGUAAGCAGUGUUUCAAAAAGGAAGGAUGGAGGGAAGACGGAAUCAGGGAGGUCAAGUCCAGUCAGCAUCAAUCAGACGGAUAAAGAGAAGGUUUCAGUGUCAGAGCAGGAUGGGGCGGGGCUUAGCACAUCACCCAAAUCCAGCCCAACAUCCAGCCAAUCAGGACUCAGACAGCCUGGAUCCAAAUACCCUGACAUCGCCUCGCCCACGUUCCGCAGGUUAUUCGGCAGUAAAUGCAGUAACAGUAAGCCCAGCUCUCCUGACUCCUCUAAGUCGGCACCUUUUGCCUCGCCUCUUGACUCCCCGGGCAGUGGAGGCAACAGAACCCCAGACUCGCUCUCUAACGCCCGUCCUUUCCUCAGCAGCUCAUCUGCGGGCAGCAAAGAGACGCUGAGCAGCAUUCAUACUAGCUCACACACCAGCUUACACACCAGUUCACACACUAGCUUACACACCAGCUCUGAGUCCAUCGAGCUUCCUGCACCACAUCAUCAGCAUGCACCACGGCUCAAAUCCACACUCUCCCAAGGCAUGACUCUUGACAGAAACACUCUACCCAAAAAGGGAUUAAGACAUCCUCCUUCCUCCAGACAGAUGUCUCAUGAAGAAGGUAAAGAAUGGCUUCGUUCCCAUUCCACUGGAGGGCUGCAGGACACAGGGAGUCCCCUCUCCCCCCCGACAGGAAAAUACCACUACAACAACCUGCUGAGCCCCACCGGUGCUAUGACUCGGUCUAACAGUAUUCCGGAUCAGGAGGCGUUUGAUCUCUAUGGAGACGGGCGAGUGUUGUGUGGCAGUAACACGUCACUGGAGGAACGACCUCGAGCUAUCAGCCGCUCUGGAUCAUUCAGAGAUAGCACAGACGAAGUUCAUGGGUCCUCUCUGUCCCUGGUGUCCAGCACGUCGUCUCUUUACUCCGCGGUGUACGCCUACAUGGAAAAGACCGAGGAGAAAGCUCACUCUGAGCAAAUCAGAAAGCUGCGACGGGAGCUGGAUGCUUCUCAUGAAAAGGUCGCAACCUUGACGUCUCAGCUAUCAGCCAAUGCUCACCUGGUUGCAGCGUUUGAGAAGAGUUUGACAAACAUGACAGGUCGCUUACAGAGUCUCACCAUGACAGCAGAGCAGAAGGAAUCGGAGUUGGCAGAGUUGAGAGAGACGAUUGAAGCUUUAAAGGCUCAAAACACAGACGCACAAACUGCCAUACAGGUGGCUCUGAAUGGACCAGAGCAUUUACACAAAGUUCGGCGUCAGCACUCUUCUGAAAGUGUGCAGAGCAUUAACAGUGCAGUGAGUCACACCAGCUUAAACAACAAAGACUCAGAUGACAAGAAAAAGAAGAAGAAGAGCUGGUUGCGCAGCUCCUUUAAACAGGCAUUUGGGAAAAAGAAGAGCUCAAAGCUGCAGACGUCUCACGAUGAGCUGGAUGAAAUGACGGAUUCGUCUGUUCCAGAAUCACCUAAACUGCAACACACACAUAUAGACGGCAGCACACAGGGUUUACACAUGUCCUCGUCCACCACUGAGCUGUGUGAGUGUACCGAGGCCGAGGCAGAGAUCAUCCUGCAGCUAAAGAAUGAGCUGAGGGAGAAAGAGCUGAAACUCACCGACAUCCGACUGGAGGCUCUGAGUUCAGCACAUCAUCUGGACCAGAUCAGAGAGGCCAUGAACCGCAUGCAGAACGAGAUUGAAUUGCUGAAGGCGGAGAAUGACAGAUUAAAGUCCAGUGGAAACUCCACCCCUUCUGCUGUGUCCAAAACACCCCGCCCCCCAUCAGAGACCUCAAGUACCUCCUCUUCAUCCUCCCGCCAAUCACUGGGCCUCUCUCUCAACAACCUCAACCUUACUGAGACCAUCAUGUCAGAUCUGUUGCUGGAUGACAGCUACGAAGGAAACUUGCGUAAAGAGGGACGAAGUGUACGAAUCGUCAUCACCAUCACCUGGGGCUCCAACAGGACCAAGGGUUUACAGAGUCUGGAGUAUCUCAUUGGGUCAAUCGGCAUCAGCGGAAAGACCAAGUGGGACGUGCUGGACGGGGUGAUACGACGACUGUUCAAGGAGUACGUGUUCCGUGUGGAUCCUUUAACGAGUCUGGGCCUGAAUUCGGACAGUAUCCUGAGUUAUAGGAUGGGGGAAGUGGAGCGCUCGCACGUUUCUGAGCUUCCUGAACUUCUGCCCUGUGGAUACCUGGUGGGAGAAAACAACAUCAUCAACAUUACACUCAAAGGUGUGAGAGAGAACAGUAUAGACGACCUGGUGUUCGAUACGUUAAUCCCCAAACCCAUAAUCCAGCGUUACCUCAAUCUGCUGAUGGAGCAUCGCAGGAUCAUCCUGUCCGGCCCGAGCGGCACGGGGAAGUCCUACCUCGCCAACAAACUGGCGCAUUACAUCAUCACCAAGAGCGGCCGUGAGGUGAACGAGUGCAGCCUCGCCUGCUUCAAUGUGGACCAGAAAUCCAGCAAGGAUCUGUGUCAGUACCUCUCGGCUCUUGCUGAACGCUGUAACUGUGAUGAAGGUGAGAGAGAGCGUCAGCUCCCCCUGGUGGUUCUGAUCGAUAAUCUGCACCACAUUGGAAACCUGAGCGACAUCUUCAACGGCUUCCUCAACUGCAAAUACCACAAAUGCCCUUAUGUGAUUGGGACAAUGAACCAGGGUGUCUCCUGUUCCCCAAAUCUGGAACUGCACCAUAAUUUCAGGUGGGUUUUGUGUGCGAAUCACACGGAACCGGUCCGAGGUUUUCUGGGUCGGUUUUUGCGCAGGAAGCUGAUCGAGAUGGAGAUCGAUAAAAACACACGGAGUAACGAACUCAUCAAGAUCAUCGACUGGAUCCCCAAAACAUGGCAACACAUCAACAGCUUCCUGGAGGCUCACAGCUCGUCUGACGUCACCAUCGGUCCCCGGUUGUUCCUGUCAUGUCCGAUGGAAGUCGAUGGAUCUCACGUUUGGUUCACAGAUCUGUGGAAUUUCUCACUUGUGCCCUAUUUACUGGAGGCAGUGAGAGAGGGGCUACAGCUCUAUGGUAAGAGAGCUGUGUGGGAGGAUCCCUCCAAAUGGGUGAUUGACAGCUCCCCAUGGAGCUCCGCCCCCCUGCAGCGUGACAGCCAAUCACUGCUGCCGCUGCGGCCAGAGGACGUGGGAUACGAUGCGUUCACUACGUUUAAAGACGGAGCUUCACCGAAACAGUCACACAAACACACAGCACAGAGCGACAGCGAUGGAGACCCUCUGAUGAAUAUGCUAAUGAGGCUACAGGAAGCUGCUAACUACUCCAGUGCCACUCAGAGCUGUGACAGUGACAGCGCCAGUCACCAUGACGACGUUCUAGACUCUUCCCUUGAGUCUGCCCUUUAAGCUCCACCCCCUGUGAGGAACCAGGAAGAGAUAACUUUCUUCUGAUUGGACAGAGAGGCGGAAUAAGCACCAACGCUGGUGAAACGUGCAAUUACAAACAAAUUCCAAUUGCAUUCUGAUCGUCAGUCACACGUACUGGGGUCUCGUUUUUUCCUCUGGAGUCUCUGUGGUGCUGCUGUGGUGCCAAAAUCCGUUAACGUUUGUACGCCAACAAGCACAAGCCUCGUCUCAUUUGCGCUAAUGCGAAACCACUUCAUCAGCAUUAACGAGUCCAACGAUGAUCAUCUUUAAUGCCUGAACUGAAGCGAGUCACACGUUAAUUCACGCUAAUUCCACUGCCUGCAGUUCCCUUUCCUCCACCAGGAGCGCUGUAGUGCUAGGAUUAUUAUUCCCAGUGGACGAGGGGACGAGGGGACGAGUCUGAUUACGGUGCUUCUUUGCUGCCUUAACUGUGCUGAGCUCUAAAGGUCUUCUGCAGAAUUUAACAAAAUGAAAAAAAGCGUCGUCUUUUUUCAGAGAAGACGGAAAUGUAAAUCAAUAAAUGCCACGUUUGCAUAUUUUAUUUUUGUUACCUCACGAGUGAGUGUUCGAUUUCGGACGCAGCGUUCUAGAAGCCGAGUAAAAUAAACCAGAUGUAAUAUGGAAUUUAUGGAAUCCCAGUUGAGCUGGGACGAGCUGAACUCUGAGGACGAGCACAAAUAAGACAAGUUGCUUAGCUAGCAUGCUGUUUUUACUUCUGUCGUCUGUGUGUGUGUGUGUGUGUGUGUGUGUGUGUGUGUGUGUGUGUGUGUGUGUGAGGUUCAGAAUUUGAAGUCUUGCACAUUUUCUCAGAUUCAUUCUACAGAGAGAAAACUAAAUAUUGUGAAUUGUUCACUAGAAAAAAAAUCAAAAGAACAAUGUAAAGUUUAAUAUUAAUGCUAAUGCUAAAGUCUAACGUCGCUAUAAAUCCACAGCCAAUGGAGGAGUUAUGAUGAUGAUCAGAACCAUAAAAAUUCACAUCAACUUUUUAAAAGCACUUUUCCUUCAAAACACACUGAACACGACACCUUCUUUUUUUUUUCUUUUUUUUUUAAUGAUGAUUUUUUCAUUUAUCAGGAAAAAUAAAUCUGGUAUAUAAAUUAAAUGUAAAGCCUCAAAAAUCUCAAUAGUUUAUGAAAAUGUUUCUAAAUAAAAUGAUUGUUCCAGUUUCAGGGCAGAAACGUGUAAAAUCGGUGCUUUAUUGUUGUUUUACAUUUUGAGUUUUAUUUCUGCUGCAGUGAAAAGUUGUUUUUAAAAAGUGCUUUUUGUCUAAAAAAAACGUGUGUUAAUGAAAGAUAAACGUCUUUAAUCGAAUCUGAGAAUAAACAGAAACCUACUGUAGGAUUGACAUAAACAUACUUAUGAUUCAGUGUAUUAACAGUAACAUGAUCACUACCUCAAAAUCAAGUUAUUCUAUUAAAGUACAAAACUGUCCCCGGAUUUUACUGAGAUAUUAAUAAAUAAAAACACAAAUAAACAAAUAAACACAAAUAAAUGGAAAUAAAUAUUAAAGUGUAGAGAUGAUCUUAGUGAUGAUCGUUUCUACACCUGCCCCUCACUGCACCUGCCCCUCACUGCACCUGCCCCUCACUACACCUGCCCCUCACUGCACCUGCCCCUCACUACACUUGCCCCUCACUACACCUGCCCCUCACUGCACCUGCCCCUCACUACACCUGCCCCUCACUGCACCUGCCCCUCACUGCACCUGCCCCUCACUACACCUGCCCCUCACUGCACCUGCCCCUCACUGCACCUGCCCCUCACUGCACCUGCCCCUCACUACACCUGCCCCUCACUGCACCUGCCCCUCACUGCACCUGCCCCUCACUGCACCUGCCCCUCACUGCACCUGCCCCUCACUACACCUGCCCCUCACUGCACCUGCCCCUCACUGCACCUGCCCCUCACUACACCUGCCCCUCACUGCACCUGCCCCUCACUACACCUGCCCCUCACUGCACCUGCCCCGAAUGUGUGCUGCUUUACUUUGCAGUCAUCGACUAAACAUAUUUACAUUUUAUUUAAAACAAUAAAAAAUAUUUUCAGUUUCCAAAAAAAAUUAAAAUGUUCUUCAGCUUGAGGAAUUUAACCUUCAGGUUGAUGCUUGAGACAAAAAGAGUAGAAAUAAAAACCCAAAUAAAUAUCAUUAAAUUCUAUAAAAUUUAAACUGAAUUCUUAUUUUAUUAUUUUUUUAAUAAUUUCUUUUUGACGGAAACAUCAGACGCCGUCAGUUAAAAUGUCUGGAAACAGAGACGAGCUUCGUGUCACGAAGAGUCGAGAAAAACAGUGUAAAGUUUUACAGUUUGAUUUAAGGACAAAAUGAACGUGAAAGUGAAAAACUGCCACGUUUUAAAGUGACGGAGCUUCAGAACAUCGAGCUCCUGAAGUGAGCGCAAAAAAUGUAAAAAAGUAAAAAGGUGCUUUCAGUAAGCGGUGCUUUAUAAAUCUAAUAAAUAAAAUACAUUUAUAUUAUAAUAAUAAUAAUAAUAAUAAUAAUAAUAAUAAUAAUAAUAAUAAUAAUAAUAAUAAUACAGAAGCAGCUCAUGCUUUGUGUUGGAGUUUAAAAUAAAACCCUGAAUAUAAAGUUUAAAAUUUUCCCCCGAAAUGUUUACAAAAAAAAAAUCUGUAAAGAUGCCAAAAUCCUCCAGGUGCUAAUGACCUUUGACCUUUCCCACAGUGCCGUUGUUUCUGGAACACGUCCUGCGAUACAUCCUGCGAUCGUGCAACGUUUGUUUGUUUUUGUUUGUUUGUUUUUAGGAAAUUGUAAAAAUUUUCUGCACAUUUUUUAAGCAGCGAUUAAAAUCUCUGUGUGAUGUUUAAAGACGAAAAAAAAGUUCUGUGUUUAAUUUAUAAAAAAUAACACAAAGGUGCAAAAUGACACAAAACAUUCCUGCAUUCAUUUAUUUUAACAUUUACAUUUUUUUACAACUUUCUUUAAAUCUUAAAUAAAAUAUUUUUAGUCUCCAGUUUCAUAGCAGACGAAGCAACAACGAUAAUAAAACUUCACGACGUUUACAAUUUUUAAUUCAGAUUCGUUCCCAAAAAUAUAAAUCACUAAAAUUCGAGUGAAAAAAAUCGAGCUGGAUUGAAUUUUUUUACUCUUUUAUUAGUCUUUUUUCUCUGUUUAACUUUCACUCCUUUCCUUUGUGGUGGUUUUGUGAGUGUUGUAAAGUUUGUAAAGUUUCAUUUCUACCCUGAAUUUUACUGCACAGUGAUUCAUUAAACAGAGUCGACUUCAUCCCACAAACUAAUGACUCGGAUCUCGUAACUAAACACGAGUUUGGACUUUAAUCUUCACUGCAGAAGUUUAAGGAAUUGAAUAAUUUCUCGAGAAAUUAAAAAGAAACUCGUCCAAGUAUUUUAACACUCCUUCGGUUACAGUGUAGGAAUUUCCCAGCAUGCACUGCAACCGCUCUCACUUUAAUAAAAGGACUAAAGUUGACCUGGAUUGGACUUUUGACCUUUAAUAACCUCUUCAGUCUUCACCACUUUAUUAUUUAUUUUAAAUUUAUAUCCAAAUAAAUUUUUUUUUUUUUCAUUUUUAAUCAGAAUCAUUUAUUCUGAUUAUUUUUGCUCCAAACAAAUCCAGAUUUUAGAUUUAAUUAAUAAUAAUAAUAAUAAUAAUAAUAAUAAUAAUAAUAAUGCUGAUGUAACAUGUCAGUGUUCUUCUUGUCUUGUUUAUUUGUGUGUAGUCGCUUCUCUGUCUCUGUGCGAGAGUUACAUUAAUUCUGGUUUGAUUUCGGUGCGUAAAUGUUUUAUAUUUUGUACAUUUGUAAGUAACAUAUCAUGUAAAUAUUAAGAGACUGCGGUUUAAAAUCAUCUGGAGAAUUUUGUAGUCUUUGUAAAAUCUGAAUAAAUGGAGUUUGGUGUCACUGAA